GAGAAUAGUUCAAUCUAAUUAUAUAUUAGCACUCAAAUUUCAUGACGAUAGAGUACACCUUGAAACAUUACAUGUACCUUACAAGAAAAAACAUACGCAAAAUUGAACAAAAAAAAGGAGAGGAAAGAAAGAAUAUGAUCAUGAAACACACAAAAAUAAUGGAGGUGGUAAUGGUGGUUGGAAUAAUAUUAUCGUUGUUUAUGCCAUCAUGGGCGCAAGAAGGUCUACCUGGGGAUUGCUGGCAGAGGAUUGCGAAUUGCACAAGUAGCGCCUCGCCUGGAGAAAUCCAACAGCAGUGUUGUCCGGUGAUCACUGAAGAGAUAAGCAAUGAAAAGGAGUGUUUUUGUGGCGUGAAUGUUCUUGCUCUUCAAAAUGAUACAAUUGCCGAGACCAUAUCUGACCUACUUACGCUUUGUAGCUUCAAUUCUUCUUUUGAUACAUUAUGCCCCGUGAAAUUUCAAGAGGCGCCGUGUUGGAAGCAAAUCAAUGAUUGCAUCGGAGGAAAUGUUAAUCGUAGUGAAUCAGAGCCAAAGUUUGAUCCAUCAAGCCCCUUGUUCAAUGCAACCGAACUCUUGUGCUGUUCAAUGAUGCAACAAACAGCAAGAAUUGAGAAGCAAUGCUUUUGUAGCAUCAAUACAUUUAUUCAAGAAAAUCCCUCCUUUGCUGAAAAUACUACCGAUAUCUUGUCUGUUUGUAGCAUUGCCGGUUCUGUUGAUUCUCUUAGCGGCAUCUGUGAAGAAAGUCUAGCUCCAAGUCCUGCACCAGCACCGGCUCCUUUGUUGACAACUCAAGGUUCCGUUGAAAGCCUCAAAGCUGCUAGUCCUAUAACGGAAAGGAGCAAAAGUUCAGGCACUGCCAACAAGAUUGGGAUAAGUGGAUCAUUAUGUUGUUUCUUUCUCUUGACAUAUUUCUUAUAUCAAUAAUUGUAUCUCCAUGUUCGUUUAUCAUUUGAACUAAGUAGCACCCACAUUGUACGUUAGACAUUUCAUGAAUUCCACAAAAAUAUGAUACUUUGGUACCAUUUUUUCUUGUAGACUAUGCUUUGUAAUGCCAAGAAAUGAAAGCUUCUUAAUGUC